CAAGAGAGUAACACAAGCCAGGUGUAGCAGCCAAGGUGAACGGUGGUGACCGCCGAGUCGUUCUACACCACCGGUCUCUCUAACUCCACGUGGCAGUCUCUGAAUUCAUCAAUCAUUGCCACGGUUUUCUCUCUCUCUCUCUCUCUCUCUCUCUCUCUCUCUCUCUCUCUCUUUCUCUCUCCCUUCCGCCAUUCUCGCUCCCCCUCUUACCCCUCCCCAAAAAGCUCUUCUCUUUCACCACUCCGACACCAACCAACCGUUCCCAUCCCAACAGCAACAUCAACCAUGUCUCGCCAUUGCGACCUUUGUGCCACCCCACCUGGGAUUCUGCUAUUACGAGCCAAAGAAUGGAACUAUCACACGCACCGCUACAUGGUGCUGUUCAUCACCUUCCUUGCCUACGCCUGCUAUCACGCCUCCAGAAAACCCACCGGGAUAGUGAAGAGCGUGUUGUGCCCGGAAAACGAGGAUCCAAAGGACGGUUGGAUACCCUUCAACGGCUACGAUGGACCAUCAAAGUUGGGAGAGAUCGACGUGGCAUUUCUCGCGUGUUACUCCAUUGGGAUGUACGUGGCGGGCCACUUGGGAGAUACCCUGGACCUUCGAUUGUUCCUAGCUUCUGGAAUGAUCGGUAGCGGCAUAUUCGUCGGGCUUUUCGGAAUGGGGUACUUCUGGAACGUCCAUUGUUUUUGGUUCUAUCUCUCCAUGCAAAUGAUCGCGGGCAUGUUUCAAGCCACGGGUUGGCCUUCGGUUGUAGCCGUUAUCGGUAACUGGUUCGGAAAGAGGAAGAGAGGGCUUAUCAUGGGAGUUUGGAACGCGCAUACUUCGGUUGGUAACAUUUGUGGCUCUCUUAUUGCUGCCAGUGUUUUGGAUUAUGGAUGGGGUUGGUCUUUUGUUGCGCCUGGUGCUUUGAUCGUGUUUGGUGGGGUCAUUGUUUUUCUGUUCUUGGCUCCUUACCCAGAGGAUGUGGGCUUCUCUUCUUCUUCUUCUUCUUCUUCUUCUUCUGUUCAUGUUGCUGAUGAUAAAGAAGCUCUGGUGCAUAAAACUGGUGAUGGCGCUCUCAGACACGCGUCUGUGAAUAGAAAGGGCAUUGGGCUUGUUGAGGCGUGCAUGAUUCCAGGAGUAAUACCUUUUGCGUUGUGCCUCUUCUUCGCCAAGCUUGUUGCCUACACGUUCUUGUAUUGGUUGCCGUUUUACUUAACUCAUACAGAAAUUGGAGGAAAGUAUAUGUCUGUUAAGUCUGCUGGAAACCUUUCAGCCUUGUUCGAUGUAGGGGGCAUUGUUGGGGGUAUCCUUGCUGGCUAUAUAUCUGAUAAACUCAAUGCCCGUGCUAUAACUGCGGCUAGCUUCAUGUAUGCAGCUAUUCCUUCUAUGCUUUUAUACCAGCAUUAUGGAAGUGUUUCUAUAAAUGCCAACAUUGGUCUUAUGAUGGUGACUGGAUUAUUAGUAAAUGGACCUUAUGCUCUUAUCACCACUGCUGUCUCUGCUGACUUGGGCACACACAGUUCUCUCAGAGGUGAUUCUCGUGCUCUAGCAACAGUGACUGCCAUUAUAGAUGGUACUGGUUCUGUUGGUGCAGCUGUUGGUCCUCUUCUCACUGGGUUCCUGUCAACAAGGGGAUGGACUGAAGUUUUCAUGAUGCUAGUUGUUGGUGCUUUUAUUGCGGGGCUUCUUUUGUCACGAUUGAUCAUAGCAGAAAUUGGAGAGAGAAGUAGUGGAAUUCAAAAUCCUGAAGCCACUGCAUCUCAACCGCUUCUGGAGUAGGAAAGAUGACACUGAUCAGGUCCUCAUGAAUCAUUAAAUCUAAUGCUCAAUACAUGUGUUGUAAUGUGAGAAAAUUGUACAGUUUUGUUAAUGACAUCGUCUCUAGCCUGCAGCACCCACUUCACUGUUCAUUUUACAGACGAUUAAAUCAUCUAAUAGACUUAAAGUCCAUUCAUUCAGCCUUCCGAUCAAUUUUUUGUCUAUACUGUGGAAGGUUUCAGAGGAUCUUGAUUCCUUUGCAUCGUGAAUUGGAUGUAUGAAG